AUGAAACUCAAAGCUCCAAGUUCCACAAGAUGCUUUGGUUUUGGUUUUGUUUUGUAUCCUUCCCUGAACUCUGAAACAUCAGAUACCACACUCAAAGUAUACACUUCCAAUAGCAGCAGAGGGUAUAAUGCCUCUAAAGCUCCGUCCUUCAGAAAUGUAACCACGCAUGGACAUAAACUACCUAAACAGGUUCCCCCUAUUAUGACAGCAUUAGAAAAACAAGGAGAAUGUGAUGCCCAGUCAGAAAGUGUGCAUGAGCUACAUAUCCAGGCCCCUCAAGUAGUGCUCUCUGCAAAUGACCAGGAUCCUCACGAGGCACAGAGUGAAGAGGAUGGAAAUGAGAGCGCUGAAGGACACGUGCCGCUAGAAUUGUUUGCAGAGUUUCUACAGGCUGUGAUGUCAAGGAAUUACCAACUUGCGAAGAAACUCUGUCAGAUGAUUUUAAUUUAUGAGCCCCAGAACUCAGAGGCCAAGAGCUUCCUGCCUCUCAUAGAAGAAAAAUUACUGAUAGCAGAUGAGGAAUCAGAUGAUGAUGAUGAUGAUGAUGAGGAUGAUGACGUUGAAGAUGAUGAUGAUGAGUCCUCUGACAGCACAGAUGAUACAUUAUCAUCUUCAUCGUAA